AUGGAGAACUCAACCCAAGUCAAGUUAUUUUAUCUCUUUGGCUUACAAGAGACAUUUAACAACAAAUCGGUCUAUUUUAUCUUGUCUCUUAUCACAUACCUUCUCAUCAUCACUGUGAAUCUGACUCUGAUCAUAACAAUCAUUCAGGAGAAAGGUCUCCAUGAGCCCAUGUAUAUCUUUCUGUGUAGUUUAUGUGUCAAUGGAUUGUAUGGAACUGCUGGUUUCUACCCCAAGUUGUUACUGGACCUUCAGUCAGAUGUUCAGGUGAUAUCUUAUGGUGGAUGUUUCACUCAAGCCUAUGUAAUAUACACAUCUGUCCUGUGUGAAAUUUCUACUCUAACAGUGAUGUCUUACGACAGGUAUGUGGCAAUAUGCAGACCACUACUAUAUCAUACCAUUGUGACAUCUUUAACUGUUAGAAAGUUACUCUUAUUUUCUUGGUGUUAUCCUUUAUUUGCAGGACUCAUAUCCCUAAUUUCAGCUGUCAGAAUUCCUUUGUGUGGGUCUCGCAUUGAUAAAAUCUUCUUGACCCUGUUUGACACAUUGCAAGGGUGGAAUAGUAAUGUAAAUAUUACACUAAAUAUGCGUAAUGCAAUGGCUGUACAAUUCCUUGUUAUACCACCUGUAUUUAACCCUCUCAUAUAUGGACUUAACCUCCAUCAGAUUCGAAGCAUGGGGAGAGCCAUUGUGUAG